GGAGCCGCCGCGUCAGCAGCGCCGCUCCUUGGGCGCCAGGAGGGCAGUCCCCGUCCCGCUUCCAAUCCCGGGGCCUCGAGCGGGGGGCGGAGGUAGUCAGAGCCGGAGACCUUCCAACGCGCGAACACACGCACGCCCUCGCAGGGAUCAUGUGACCCGUUGAGCCACGGGGGAAGUGCCCGUCUCUGGGGAAAGUGGGUCUCCCCAUCGGGGGAGCAGGCGAGUGGGGGAGCCCUCGCUCGCGACCGGGGUAUGCGCCAUGGCCUCGGUGAAGGUGGCUGUCAGAGUCAGGCCCAUAAACCGCAGGGAACAGGAAUUGGAUGCUAAGUUUAUUAUUUCAAUGGAGAAAAAUCAAACACAAAUCACAAAUUUAAAAAUUCCAGAGGGAGGAUCUGGGGACUUGGGAAGAGAGCGAACAAAAACAUUUACAUAUGAUUUCUCCUACUUCUCAGCUGAUCCUGAAAGUUCAAACUAUGCAUCUCAGGAAAUGGUAUUUAACAACCUUGGAAUUGAUGUCCUCAAAUCUGCCUUUGAAGGUUAUAAUGCUUGUAUUUUUGCCUAUGGACAGACUGGAUCUGGGAAGUCUUAUACAAUGAUGGGAAAUCCUGGAGAUACUGGCUUAAUACCUCGGAUCUGUGAAGGAUUAUUCAAACGAGUAAAUGAGAAAACAAGAUGGAAUGAAGCCUCCUUUCGAACAGAGGUCAGUUACCUGGAAAUUUACAACGAGCAUGUCAGGGAUUUACUGAGGCGCAAGUCUUCCAAAACAAAUAAUUUAAGAAUUCGUGAACAUCCAAAGGAGGGACCUUACGUUGAAGAUCUGUCAAAACACUUAGUACAAAAUUAUAGUGAUGUAGAGGAACUUAUGGAAGGUGGGAAUAUAAAUCGAACCACUGCUGCAACUGGGAUGAAUGAUGUUAGCAGCAGAUCCCAUGCCAUUUUCACAAUCAAUUUCACUCAGGCUAAGUUUGACACUGAAAUGCCAUGCGAGACUGUCAGCAAGAUACAUUUGGUAGACUUAGCUGGAAGUGAGAGAGCAGAUGCCACUGGUGCCACAGGUGUCAGAUUAAAAGAAGGAGGAAAUAUAAACAAAUCCCUAGUUACUCUGGGAAAUGUAAUUUCUGCCUUAGCUGAUAUAUCUCAGGAUGCCUCAAACCCUCUUAUAAAGAAAAAACAAGUAUUUGUGCCUUACAGGGAUUCUGUGUUGACAUGGCUUUUGAAAGAUAGCCUAGGAGGAAAUUCUAAAACAAUAAUGAUUGCAACUAUAUCACCUGCUGAUGUCAAUUAUGGAGAAACAUUGAGCACCCUUCGCUAUGCAAACCGAGCUAAAAACAUAAUCAACAAACCUACCAUUAAUGAAGAUCCAAACGUCAAGCUUAUUCGUGAACUACGAGCUGAAAUUGCCAGACUAAAAACUCUGCUUGCUCAGGGGAACCAGAUUGCACUUCUGGAUUCUCCAACAGCUUUGAGUAUGGAAGAAAAACUGCAACAGAAUGAAGCACGAGUGCAAGAGCUUACCAAAGAAUGGACCAAUAAGUGGAAUGAAACUCAAAACAUUUUAAAAGAGCAAACUUUAGCUCUGCGGAAAGAAGGAAUUGGAGUUGUGUUAGAUUCUGCGUUGCCUCAUUUAAUAGGCAUUGAUGAUGAUCUUCUGAGCACAGGUAUCAUCUUGUAUCAUUUGAAGGAGGGCCAAACACAUGUUGGCAGAGAGGAUGCUGCAAGAGAACAAGAUAUUGUGCUUCAUGGUCUUGAUUUGGAAAGUGAGCACUGCAUUUUUGAACACUUCAAUGGAACGGUUCAUUUAAUACCACUCGAUGGAGCACAGUGUUCUAUAAAUGGAAUUCAAAUCACAGAGGCUACACAACUCAACCAAGGUGCUGUAAUAUUACUUGGGCGGACAAAUAUGUUUCGAUUCAAUCACCCCAAGGAAGCAGCCAAACUGAGGGAGAAAAGAAAGAGUGGAUUGCUUUCUUCCUUCAGUUUGUCCAUGUCAGAUCUUUCAAAAUCUUGUGAAAACCUCUCAACAGUUAUGCUGUAUAAUCCAGGCCUUUUCCCUAUAAAAGGACCAGUCUUUUUAAGAUUAGAAUUUGAGAGACAACAAAGAGAAGAACUGGAAAAAUUAGAAAGUAAAAGGAAACUCAUAGAAGAAAUGGAGGAGAAACAAAAAACUAAUAAGGCUGAAUUAGAAAGAAUGCAACAAGAAGUAGAAUCACAACGUAAAGAAACUGAAAUAGUUCAGCUGGAAAUCCGAAAACAAGAGGAGAAUCUUAAGAAGAGAAGCUUUCACAUAGAAAACAAGAUGAAAGAUUUAUUGGCAGAAAAGGAAAAAUUUGAAGAGGAGAGAUUACGGGAACAGCAAGAAAUAGAGCUUCAGAAAAAGAAACAAGAAGAAGAAAUUUUUGGUAGCGUUAAAGAAGAACUUCAGCGAUUACAAGAGCUUAAUCAAAAUGAAAAAGCGGAGAAAAUGCAGAUUUUUCACGAACUGGAAAAGCUUAAAAAGGAAAAAGAAGAACAGUAUUUAAAAUUAGAUGUGGAGAAAAAGAGAUUGGAAGCUCAGGAGAGAGAACAGGCAUUGCUGGUGGCAAAUCUAGAAGAACAGCUUAGAGACAAACAAAUCAUGAUACAGCUGCUAAAAAGAGGGGAUCUGCAACGAGUUGAAGAAGAGAAGAAGAACCUGGAAGACAUCAGAGAAUCUCUCUUGCGCGUCAAAGAAGCCAGAUCUGAAGCAGAGGAGGAUUGUGAAGAGUUAGAAAAGGUACAGUGUAACUUCAUGGAUUUUAAGAGAAAACAACUAGAACAAUUGACUAGCUUAGAGAGAGAUUUGGUUCAAGAAAGAAAUCAUCUAGAAAAACAGAUGAUUGAAGAACAAGAAAAUCUGGAUCAUUUAAAACAGGUACACACAGAGCAUUUAAAUUUCGACAAAAACACACCAGAUACUGCAUUAGCUGUGGAAGAAUGUAACAACAUAAGAUCAUGUGAAUACAGGUUGCACCAUAAGGAACGACAACUUCUGUAUCUCAUUAAUGAUCAUUUACCAGCUUUGCUGGAAGAAAAACAGAGAGCUUCUGAAGUUUUAGACAGAGGCUUGCAAAGCUUGGACAAUACACUUUAUGAGGUUGAAAAAGAAAUGGAAGAAAAAGAAGAACAGCUUGCCCAAUACAAAGCUAGUGCCAGUGAGCUGCAGCAACUUCAAGAAACAUUUGAAUUCACGGCCAAUGUAGCUCGCCAAGAAGAAAAGGUUUGGAAAAAAGAGAAAGAAAUUCUUGAAUCAAGGCAAAAACAGCAGCGGGAGGCACUGGAACAAGCAGUUGCUAAGUUGGAAAGGCGGCACUCUGCUUUACAGCGCCAUUCUACCCUAGAAAUUGAGGAGCAAAAGCAGAAACUUGCAACUUUGAACAACAGUUGUAGGGAACAGACAGGUUUGCAAGCAACAGUGGAGGCCCAGCAAAAAGCCCUGGAACAAGACCGAGAAAAUUUGGACUUGCAAAUACAGCAGUUAAAACAGAAGAUAUAUGAAGGUGAUAAAGUUGAAAAGGGAUAUCCUGGAGCUGUAGAAGAGAGGCUGACUCAUAGUAGUUCCCCUUCUAACAUUUCAAAAUCUCAAUCUUUUAUGCCAUUGGUUGAUGACAGAAUAAAUACCUUUAUUGAAGAAGAAGUUCAAAGACGCCUUCAAAAUAUUCAGUACAGCUCUGAAGAAAACAAUAUCAGUCACUUACAAUCUACAGAAAGCAUGAGGGAUAACGAGAAUUUUCGUAAUGGUGCUGUUCAACGCAAGUUGAAGUAUGAGAAAAGAGAGCCUUGGAUGUCCUUUCAUGGCUUUCUGACAUUGUCUAAUGAUGACAGCAAAUAUAAUCAGGCUGGAGAAGACACAAGGGUAUCAAGAAUCAGUAGACAGGACAAAGCCAAAGGAACAUUCAAUCAUUUCUCAAGGACAAUUCAGAAUCUUGGCAUGACUCAAGAAAAUACAAAUCAAGGGAAAGAGAUAGAACAAGAGUAUGUCAGAUGGAGGUAUCCUGAUGGAUGUGACUGGAAUCAACCUAAAGACAUUAAAAACAAGAGAACAUGCUCUGACAGUCCCACAAAAUCACUUUCUGACAGAUCUGGAAUGUUUGAUUUAUUAGGUAAAAAAUCAACAUUUCAUUCUAGAAACAAAAGUCUUCUCGGUAAUCUUUGGGAACAUAAGAACACAGAAACAGAGUUUGAUUCGUUUAGUUAUCACCACAUACCAGCUUCAGAGCCUAUAUUUUCUUCUGAAGUUCAGCCUGCUGCAUCCCAUUUUUGGUCUCUCCAACAAUAUUGUAACAGAAUUUCUCAAAUAAAUCAGCCGAUUUCAGACCAGACGUUGGAUGAAAAAGCAACAAAUGAGAUCAAAAGAGAACUACCUGAAUCACUUAUUGGAUCAAAGCAGAAUUAUGGGCUGGGACAUCUAUUUAACUUAUUCUGCAAUUCUUACCAUGGUAUCAUUUGUCAAGAAUUUAGAAAUGGCUGGUUUUCUAAAUGGAUCAAAGAUCUAGUCUGUGUCUAUCACAAAAAUGAGAAAUGCACACAACUGGCAUCAUUUAUCAAAAACUUUUCAAUUAGUAAAGAUGUACAUCUAAAUCUAGGUUUGAAGGUAAAUAGUGCAAGCCUUGGCCCAGGAAGGCCUUUAGGAAAAGAAAGUUCCACAAAUUACUUAUCACAAAUCUCAAUUGAUAUGCAUACAGUAAAUUAUGCUAUAGAAUCUAGUAACCUUUGCAGAAAUGAUACAUUAAUUAGUAGCCUGGUACUUAGGCAAAAAUUUGUGGACUUUUCAGAGGAUCUUCUGAAAUUGCAAGAAUAUUCUUUGGAAGAACUGCUACAAUACUUGACCUCUGUCUUGCCAGAAAUUUGUUCCAAGACAAACAAAUUAAAGGGAAUGUACUGGAUUGCAGUGGGAAACUAUAAAAAAUCUGGACCAGAGCCCGCUUGCUUGCUUUUAUAUGAUUCUGUUUUAUAUGCCAUUAUUCUAUCAACCAAUCAGUCAGAAAGCAAUCAGGACUCUUUGGAUAUUUUUCAUGUUUUCUCAAUCAAUACUUUAAAAGAAAUCCAAAUUGGUUAUGCUGGACAAAGCAUUACGCUUUUGGGUCCCCGUGUAGAAAAUGUAAUGAAACUAUUCACCUUUAACAAAUACUUUACACAAAGAAUAUGCCAUGAUAUACUUAGCACUAUGACAUCUCCAUUAGAUCAUGCUCGCUUAAAUCACCCACUGUUAAAUGAUGAUCUGUUAAAACUUUCUGUUGAUUGGACUUCAGCAGUCACCAACUUAAUUUUGGAAAAUAGUGUGUGCCUGUCAUGCAAUUUUGAGAGUGACUUGGCUGACCUGCUUUAUUUACUCCAUGAAAACAUGGAUAUCAACAAACCUUUUUUAGGUGACAUUCAGGUAGUACUCUAUACAACAGUGAAACUAGCAGGUGACAUCAGAUCUCUAGUCCUUACUAAUACUCAUAUUGGUCUUAUAAAGGAAAACAGUGCUGUCUGCUUAAUAUGUAAAGUGCUACAUUAUACAGACAAUCAGCCACAAUGUGCCAAAAUUCAGCUGCACUCUUUAAGUGAACUCAGGUGUGUGAUUGUCCCAGAGAAAGAGAAUCUAAGAAAAAUCGAGUUGGUAUUUUCAAAAGCAAGUAAGAUUGGUUCAUCCAGUAGUUUACUGAGUGCUUCUCAAGGAGAAAAACAUACCCAGUUGGAAUCUGUUUCAUACUUUUGUCACAACGAACCUAGCAGUCAACCUGAUAUCUGGAGACUAAUUUUCAGUUCAGAUGAAGACGCUAUUAGACUAAUGUUGCAUUUGACAGAACAGUUAAGUUUAAGUCCUCUUUAGAGUACAAAUACAUCCUAGUCUUCAGAGGAAGGGAAAAUAUGCAUAAGAUAAGUAUAUUUCUGUUUUGUCUCAGUGACUCUUGGUGAAAAACUGUACCAGCAUUUCAACUUAGAGUACUUUUAUAAUAUCUUAAAUGUUUCUUGUGCACUAUUGAUGCAUGAAUCCGGUAUUGCUAAAUACCGGAUUCAUGCAUCAAUAUGUGCUUUUUAGUUUAAUUAAGAAACACAUUUCUCUUCUAUACCAUUUUGCUUGUUGUGUGACAAAAAGUUGACUCGAAUUCUCUAGCUAAAAAUAUAGGAACUAAAUUUAGACUCACUUCCUUAUUGCAUACAUCUUAGACAAUUUGCAUUUAGAACACUUCCAUUCAGACAUGACUUUAAGGUUGAGUUAUGAUGACAAUCAGUUGUGGUACAUGUCCAUAUAUCUGCAAUAGGGAGAUCAGUCUUCAACUGGCAAUAAAUAAAUGGCUUAGUCAUGGAUCCAGAUGAAUAUGUGUUCUCUGUCCUUGGCCAAAAAACACUUAGCUUAAAGACAGCUGCUUGUCUUUGAAUAUAAUCGACCAUUUCUCCUUCUCACCACAUUUAUUGCCCUAUUUCCUUUUACUAAUAAAUUAUUGUCUGUUCUGAUUACUUGAAUUCUUUUUUCUAUGUUAAAUUGUCUGCUUUACAAGUUAUUUGAAACUAUGUAUAGUUUUUCAUGUAUAAAGGCUGAAUUCUGAAUAUAUGCUGCAAAUUAAGACUAUUUAGCCCAUUUUUCACUUGUUUUGUGUGAAUUAAUGUGUAUUGUUUAGAGACAGUCUUAAUAAUUAUUUUUGAACAGUAUAUUACUGAACAGUAGUAUAUUGUAAGAUUUAAAAAACAAACAUAUAAAAGUAUAUAGGAUAGAUGGGUCUUGACAGAAAAAUAUAGUUACCUUUUAAGUCUAUAUACUCUUUCUCUCUUUGAAAUUUUUUCUUCUUAAAAAAUUCUCUAUGGUUCUUAUUAAAUUUUCUCUUAAGCAAUCACGUUAUAGUGUACAUCAAAACUGUAAUAUUUGUAAUGGGCCUUAAACAUGGAAUUACUAAAUUGAAGUUACGGUGGGAAUUUAUUAUUAUAGUAUGGUUCAAAAUUAUUGGGGAGCGGGGAAACAUUUUGGCUUUGUUUAAAUAUAAUGGGGGAAUAUAAAACAGCAUGUAGAGGAGAAAGAGCCAAGGACACUAAUGAUUGCCUAUGUAUAGAUAUUGCUUCAAGAAUGCAACCUGACAUUCUGCUGGCUUUCCACUUUUGUAAUAAUGCAGCAAGACUGUUUAUAGCACAACCCUUGCCUUCAAUUCUCAACCUUCCUUUUAGUCUUCUAUCUUCAUUAAGUAAAAGAAAUUAAUACACAUGUACAUUGUUUCAGUUCCACUUAUUUUACAUAUAAAAAAGGAAAGAGGAAAAAUCUUUUAUACCUGAUCUGGUUAGAUCAAUUAUAACUUUACAGCUUUGCUCACUGGAAUAUAAGUUAAAAGAAUUGGCUCAUUAAUGAAAACUCAAAAUAAAAUUAAUGUUUAAAUAACUUCUGUCCAGAAAAUGCUCCUAUAACACAGGAUCAAUUCCCAUGUUGCAGUUUGAAUAUAGUGCCUCUGUUAAAAGCCCCUUAUAUAUAAUAUUCUUUUUGUUGAAAUAAUUUUUAAUUUCUACAAUUAAUUUUAAAUUUAAACAAAUUUGACAUCAGAUGCCAAAAUGGUUUCCUACUGAUUUUCAUGCUUGGAUACUCCAGUUAUUCCAUGCUUUCCUUUAUUCUUGAACAUCUAAAUAUAUUUUAACAACUGUUUAUUUUAGAUCUAUUAUUUGAAAAAAAAUGUUACAUUCUCUUUACUAGAGGGGCUCUGAAGCACUUAGUCCAACUGACCUAUGUCCAUAGAUGAAACAACUCCAGGUCCAAUCUAUUAAAAGCUGUCAUGAGUCUGAGGAAGUGUGUUUUCUCUGUCAUGGUCCCUAUCUCUUCCCAUCCAGAGGUGCAGAUGGAAACCUCUCUCCUGGAAUUCUGGAAAAUCUUUAAGAUAGGCCUAAGGUUAAUUUGUUUAUAAGGCCCUUGUUUGACUAUUUGUUAUUGUCAUGGUUGUGUUGGUUUGGUUUCUUUGUAAUAUUUUAUGGUUUUAACAGUUUUCAUUAUUAUUUUGGAUUUUUAUAAGCUCCUAAAGACUCCAGGAGUAGGCAGUCAUUUAAUCCUAUUAAUUGAUGCCUGGAAGUGCUUGUCAAAACGUGGUCUGAUUACAUGUGGUUUGUAUAGAUGUAUCUUGUGCUAUACAACAGUCUCCCCAUUGUUCACUGGUGAGAACCUAUGCAGAGACUCAAUCCCUCUUCCGUCUUAGCUAACUUCCAAUAGUUAACUGUCCUUAGGCCACUCUCUAAUUUAGACCUUACUCUACCCAUUCAUCAAAAGGAUGCUAGCCGAAGCUCACUUUCAAACCCGUAUCUCAUCUCCAUAUAUCCUCCAUAUAUCGUGUCUCCCCACAUUCACCAUCGGCCAAUUUAUGAAAACAGAUUCCUGGUGAAAACUGAUUAAUUGCAGCAUUUAAGCCUCAAUACUUGUAGCAAUCCAAUUCAGAACACUGGCCGUAAUGAACAGGUAUUAAGUUCAGUUACUAACCAUGAGUUCACAUGCGCCAAAUGGAACUGUGGAACUACGAUUUAAUAAAACCAAGCUCCAAAAUCCAUGCAAAUAAGUAAUGCAAAAUUCUAUUUAAAUAACUGGAGACCAUACAUCCCUAAUCCAUUAAUAUUCAGAGAUUUUUCUUUAAGAAGGUUCUUGGCAGUGUGUUUGUGUUAAGAAUUGAUUUUACUAUGUCAUAGUGUACAUAAAAUAAUUCAAGUUGUAAAAAAUACUUAAUUUGGGUCUAGUGGAAAAAUAUAUAAGGGUUUUAAAAAUGAAAGGGAUAGGAAGGUGUACACAAAUACAAUAAUUAUUCUCUGAGAAACCUGAACUCUUGUUCUUAAAGAGAAAAAUUGGAGGGAAAUUGUGUUUAAUUGGACUGUGAUAUGACAAUUAAUUCCCAAACACCUUCUAGGAGAGCCAUGUUUUUAUCUGUUUUGGAAGGCUGUGAGAUGGGAACUGAAUAAAUUUCGACAAGGAAGCUGUUCAGGGAGGCUAUAAUUGAAAUUAUAACCUGCCAUUGGAAUGUCUUAUUCCUCCUGGUAAGUGGGGAUUCUCAGCAGACUUCUCUGGUUAUGUAGGUAGGAUGACUGAAAUUAUUGGGGAGGGGGAAGUGGUCCCCAGAAUGCUGAGAGCCAUACAUCUUUUUAGGAAAAAAAACCAACAUUUUGUAUUACACUUCGAAACGUAAUGGUCACCAGUGCAGCUUGUGCAACAGAAGUAUAAUGUGUCAGUGUCUUGACUGACCACUGCAUAUCUAUACUGCUGCAUGCUGGACUUGCUUAAGUUUCUGUAAUCUUCAAAGGCUGUAGAAUCACAAGAGAUUAUGAGGGCAUAAGCAACCAUUUUCAGUCCAUCCUGUUCCAAAUAAGGAUGUAGUUAAUACACCACAUGAAGUUAUGCAAAAACCCUCCUGGCUAUGAUAUUUCUCUCCUCUUCAAGCAAAAACUCUGAGUCCAGGAGGAGGACUUGAUGGUCAUGCUGCCUCCCUCUUGAGGGAGCAUGACCAUCAAGAGCCAGAAAUGGUACAGCAUUCCAUGCAUCAGUCAUUCCAUGCAUCAGCAAUCACUCUCUCUUGUUUGGGUUGAAUGAACAUGUUUUUCUCCAUCCAAAGUCUGAUAGCCUACUGACCGAGUCAAGAUUUUCACUGCAUCUUCCAACAGGCCUGAGGUUAAGUUGUAUAGCUUUACUAUGCAACAAAAGGAUUAUCUUGGUAUUUUCAAGCUUUCAUUUCCCAGAAUGUUAAUUAAGGAUGAUUAAGGUUGAUAUUUGGCAAAAUAUUGCAUUGUUGCUUUUUCUAAUAAUGAGUAUAAAGAAAUAAAUUGUUCAUUCUUUUCAAGAAAUUUGGAAUCUAGUUACCUCCAGUUUAUUACUGGUAUCAAAGACCAAUUUCAGCAUGGUUCAUGAGGGCAAGUUUACAUGAAGGCAAAACCUGGCAUUCAAUUUACCUAAGAAAGAAGAUACGUGAUAGAAAUUUAGAUAUGGAAAAUUAAAGGCUCCUUCUGGGACAGUUCCCCAAAGGCAAUAAUUUCAUACCAAUAAAUUAGUAUUAUCUAAGCCAUUCAACUAAUUCAUCUUACUGUGGAAAAUGUAGGUUUAUCAAUGAACAAUAAUAUAUCAUCAGCAGAAACAGCUAUGUAUGCCAAGAGUUAUAUAGUUUAGAGUAGGGGUCCCCAAACUCUUCAGCUCAUCAACCCCAUCAUGAAGUUUUAGAUUGUUCAUCAACCCCCAAACAAGAAAAGCACAAUAUCUGUAAUAAAUAUUGUAACUGCACUUAUAUUACAUUUUUAAAGAAAAAGAUGAAGAUUUACUUUAAAAUCCAAACAAGAAUAACCAAUGUAAGAAAGUAUAAUCUCUUUUAAUAAGUACUCAUAUCAAUUAAACUACCCUUUUAUAUUUAAGCAUUCAGUCUUAAACUGAACUGAAUACUAAUUUUAUAUAACAUU